GGUCUCGCGGGCACUUCCGUUGGGGGAGUGUGAGGUUGCUACCGAAUUUUCUUUGGGAGAGGUGCGUCAGUUCCGCCUCUCCCGUCGCUUCCAAACUUCCUGGAUCUGCGCUUGGUACCUGCAGCGACCGGGCGAUUGAGGAGAAAAGAAACCUGGGUAGAGUACGGAGCCUGACUUCUCACAAAGGGCUGCACGGAGGUGGAAGGAGUGACGCCUUGGCUACUGACAGCAAGGUUCCACAUCAUGUAUGGAUUCACAGUCAUCAUCUGUGUAGGUGAGCAGCCUCCUGGGCUACCUUUAAAGCCUUUUUUUCUGCCUUCCUAGGCACCUUGCCAGGUGCAGCUCCACCUUCCUGGUACCUGUGCAAUUCAGGACUCUACACACGCCCGGAAGUAGGAGGACACAUGACCAUGUUCAAGGAGACGGUGACGUUCAAGGAUGUGGCGGUGGUCUUCACGGAGGAGGAGCUGGGGCUGCUGGACCCCGCCCAGAGGAAGCUGUACGGAGACGUGAUGUUGGAGAACUUCAGGAAUCUGAUUUCUGUGGGAGGAAAGAUCCAAAGUAAGAUGAAGACUAUUAUAGAAGCAGAACCACCUGAAGAGCUUUCCUGCUGGCGGAUCUGGCAACAGAUUGCAAGUGACUUAACCAGGUGUCAGGGCUCCAUGAUAAAGAGUUCUCAGCUCCCCACACAAGGUGAUUCACCUGGACAGGUUGGAGCAGGACAGUCUGUAACUCACACAGGCCAGAAACCUGAUCAGUCUAGUGAAUUUAAGAAAUAUUUCAGUGAUGUCUCCAGCCUUGAUCUUCAUCAACAAACACACUCAGGAGUGAAGUCUCAUACAUGUCGUGAGUGUGGAAAAAGCUUCUGUUACAGCUCAGCACUUCAUAUUCAUCAGAGAGUUCAUCUGGGAGAGAAACGCUACAAGUGUGAUGAGUGUGGUAAGGAAUUCAGCCAGAGCUCAUGUCUGCAAACUCAUCAGAAAGUUCACACUGUGGAGAAGCCAUUCAAAUGUGAGAAGUGUGGGAAUGGCUUCUGUCGUAGAUCAGCACUUAAUGUUCAUUAUAAAUUGCACAUGGAAGAGAAACCUUAUAAUUGUGAGCAGUGUGGAAGGGCGUUCAUUCAUGCUUCACAUCUUCAGGAACAUCAGAGAAUCCACACUGGGGAGAAACCCUUCAAAUGUGAUAAAUGUGGCAAGAGUUUCCGACGUAGAUCAUCACUUAAUAGUCAUUGUAUGGUCCACACAGGAGAAAAACUGUACAAAUGUGAGGAGUGCGGGAAGUGUUUCUUUUGUAGCUCAAAUCUUCAUAUCCAUCAGAAGGGCCACACACGAGAGAAACCUUAUAAAUGUGAGGAGUGUGGGAAGGGCUUCAUUCAGCCUUCACAUUUUCGGGCCCAUCAGAGAAUCCAUACUGGAGAGAAACCAUAUGUAUGCAAAGUGUGUGGUAAAGGCUUUACUAUGAGUUCAAAUCUUCAGGCACAUCAGAGAGUCCACACAGGAGAGAAGCCAUACAAAUGCGAUGAGUGUGGGAAGAACUUUGGUACAAAAACCCGUUAUCAAGUUCAUCUGGUAGUCCACACGGGAGAGAGACCCUAUAAAUGUGAGGUAUGUGGGAAGGACUUCAGUCAGAGAGCAUAUCUUCAGUCCCAUCUGAAGACCCACAGCAUAGAGAAACCUUACAAGUGUGAGGAGUGCGGGCAGGGCUUCAAUCAGAGUUCCCGACUUCAGAUUCACCAGCUGAUCCAUACUGGUGAGAAACCACACAAAUGUGAAGAGUGUGGGAAGGGAUUCAAUCGUAGAGCAGAUCUCAAAAUUCAUUGUAGAAUCCACACAGGAGAGAAACCAUUUAAUUGUGAGGAAUGUGGCAAAGUAUUCAGGCAGGCCGCAAAUCUUCUGGCCCAUCAGAGAAUCCAUAGUGGAGAGAAACCAUUCAAAUGUGAGGAGUGUGGGAAGAGUUUUGGUCGCAGUUCACACCUUCAAGCCCAUCAGAAAGUCCACACGGGAGAAAAGCCAUACAAAUGUGAGGAGUGUGGGAAGGGCUUCAAAUGGAGCUUGAAUCUUGACAUGCAUCAGAGGGUCCACACAGGAGAGAAACCCUACAAGUGUGGGGAGUGUGGUAAGCACUUCAGUCAGGCCUCAAGUCUGAAGGUUCAUCAGAGUGUGCACAGUGAAGAGAAACCGUACAAAUGUGAUGUGUGUGGCAAGGUCUUCCGCCACUCUUCGCAGCUGCAGUCUCAUCAGCGGGUUCACACAGGGGAGACACCUUACAAGUGUGAGACGUGUGGUCAGAGCUUCCGUUGGCGAUCAAAACUUUCACAUCACCGCAAAACUCAUGGUGGCAAUACAUUUUAUGAAAGUAAGAAGAGUGGUAAGAACAUCAAAGAAUCAUCAGAGAGAAGUUCUCCAAAAUGAUGCUUAUUAAUAAAACCCUGAAUUCUUAUCAUCAUUGAGUCUCAUAAGAGAGAAAAUACUUGUGUUAGUUGGUAUUUAAGCAAUAAUUGAACAUAGCUCAGUUUUCACAAGAUCACACAGUUGAGAAACCUUGUAAGUGAUGUGGUAAGUCUUUGUUCAGAAUCACUUAGGAGGUAGUAGUACUUAGGAAAAGAGUUUGGUCUGGCCUUUAACACAAGUAUAAUGAUGGGUAUACUAGAAUUGAUACCCACUAGAAUGUAAGCUCCAUGAGGGCUGGGACUUUGCUGCUAAAUCUAUACAGCCCUCAAAGCUGGAGGCAUCAUAAUUCUGGACUUCAAGUUAUAUUACAAAACUGUAGUAAACAAAAUUGUAUGGUACUGGCACAAAAACAAGACACAUAGGUCAAUAAAACAGAAUAGAAAACCCAGAAAUGAACCCAUAAUUAUGUGGCCAGUUAAUCUACAACAAAGCAGGGAAGACUAUCCAAUGGGAAAAAGAGGUGUUUUUUUUUUUUCAACAAAUGGUGUUGGAAAA